AUGGUGACUAUUCUGUUGCUUUUUUUCAUCAUCUUACUGCUGAUUUACCUAAAAUUAAAAUAUUUUACACUUCGUGGUCCAAUACCUGGCUUAUCUCCACAUCUUAUUUUUGGAAAUCUUAUUCAAUCAGGUUUAUUAUUGGGUAAGAGACCCACAUCUCAAGUCUACAUAGUAUUAAAGAAACGUUUUGGUGAUAUUUAUCAAUAUUGGCUUGGUUUCAUGCAUUUUGUUGUUGUACAUGAUAUUGAUGAUGUUCAGUACAUUUUUACUCAUCGAAAUAUCUAUGAUCAAGGACAAAUAUUUUUAGAAAGAUUUAGCAUUUUAUUUCCUGAAAGUAUUAUAUGUAACAUAGGUUCUAAAUUCAAACGACAUGGUGCUGUCACUAUGCCAUUAUUUCGUCGUAGCAAGAUUAUUUCGAACAUAAAUUUAAUAAUUGAUGCUACUGAUAAAUUCUUAGAUAGAUGGCGUGCUAGAUCAUCGGAGCAGGUGCAUACAGAUAUUAUCGAGCAAUGUCAAAAUCUGCUCCUUGAAAUCUUUGGAUUAAUUGCUUUUGAUUACGAUUUGGCGAUAUUCGAUGGCAAUGAUUCAAGAAAUAAGAAUGAAAUGGCUAAAGCUCUACUAGAUAUCAUGAGUACAUUUAAAAUGGCUAUAUAUGCACCUAUAUUUGUAUCAGUGAUCUAUAUGAAAUUAAGUCGUCAAUAUAAACAAGCUAAGGCAACAGUUGAACGAUAUCUGAAUAAAAUAGUCGAACAAGAAUUGGCUGAAAGUCCAGAGUUAAGGGCACAACGAAAGAAAACUUCAUUAAUCGCAUCACUUAUUAGUUCAUUGCAAACAGAUGAAGCAGAUGAAGCAAGAAAAAAGGAGGAAGACAGAAAAGGUCUAUCACGAGCAGAAGUUUUUGAUGAAGUGCUCAUGCUUUUGAUUGCUGGUUAUGAAACAACAUCUACUGCUCUUGUUUGGUGCAUUUAUCAUCUAAGUAAACAUCCACGAGUUCAACAAAAGAUCAAGACAGAACUAAUGGAAAAUACUAGCAGUCAACAUUUAUCAUUGGAUCACCUCGACUCACUCGUAUAUUUGGAUUGUUUUAUUAAUGAAGUACUUCGUUAUUCUCCAACAAUUGAUUCAACAUGUCGUUCAGUGAUGGUCGACGAUUGUCUUCCAAAAAGUGGCACUCGACUUUACAAAGGUGAUCAAAUACUUAUUCCGACAUCUGCUCUCGGUCGAGACAGUCGUCAUUGGAAAAUUGAUCCUGAGUUAUUCUAUCCAGAAAGAUUUCUUAAUGAAGAUAAAAAUCAUCAUCCUUAUGCAUUUCUACCAUUUGGAAAUGGUCAUCGUCAAUGUGUUGGACGAGAUUUGGCUCUUUUCGAAAUAAAAGUAAUUCUAGCUCGUAUGUUGCAACAAGUGACAUUUGGCGACGGUGGUCCUGAAGUUAAUGCAGGUGGAUUUGUUCAAAAACUGACUAUGUUGCCCAAACAUAUCGGAGUCACUAUUGAUUUCCAUUGA